GUAUUGUAAGAUGUGUGGGAUAUAUUGCUCUAUUGUACAAAGUUCAACAUUUUGUUUGCAUUCUAUUUCAAAUGAACUAAGAGGGAUAUUAAGAAAUCGCGGCCCAGAUGUGGAAAAUGAGUUGUUGGUAGAGCUUGAAGACGGAAAAAUAAUUUUUGCAGGCAGCGUAUUAUGGCAACAAGGUGAAAAUGUUCAAAAACAACCAGUUGUGGUGGACGAUUUUAUAUAUCUUUUUAAUGGAGAUAUUUACAAUUUACCCAAAGAUGAGUCUAUCUCGGACACGACUUGGAUAGCGAAAAACUUUUCGGAAUGUCUUAAUGAUGAGCAAAAAGUUCUGAUGCUUCUGAAGAAAUUGGAAGGACCGUAUUGCUUAAUAAUGUAUGACACAAAAGAGCAAACGCUUUACUUUUCUCGCGACUCCCUGGGAAGAAACUCGCUAGUUAUUGAACGAUUUUCGGAAGGAAUACAUUUAUUAAGCGCGUCGCGCUCUACUCAGAAUGAAAAAAUAUCAUUGGAAUUACCCCCAUUGGGCCUUUACCGAGUAAAAGUAACUGAUCUAACUUCGUGUGUGUUGUAUCCGUGGCAGCCUUUAAACGAGUAUACUACAAAGUUGUUAGGCAGUCUCGAUUUUGCAGUUGGCUGGAAAACUACAGUAAACAUACCAAUAUCUCCAGAUUGGACUUUAAAAAGUAGUCUUCGAUUUGAUUACGACUUCUAUAAGUAUUCCUAUACCGGCAACCACGUGGAUCUUUAUAAAACAUUAAUAAGUCAGCCUCAAAUCAAGGAAUCACUUACAACUCUUCAUGAAUUGCUAUGCAAAUCAGUGAAACAUCGCGUUCAAAAGACUAUCCCAUUUUGCAAAGGUUGCCUUACGAAUUGUAAUCCUAUUACCGUUUGUAAACAUGCCAAGUUGUGUGUUUUAUUUUCAGGCGGUAUUGACUGUACCAUUUUGGCGUUGCUAGCCGACAAGUUUGCACCAAAAAAUGAUCCUAUUGAGCUUAUAAAUGUAGCUUUUGAAAGAGUUGAAGGUCAAAAUGUAUCCGAAAGGCUUUGGGAUGUGCCGGAUAGAAAAACUUCAAAGUUGUCUUAUAAUGAAUUAAAGCAGCUUUGUCCCGAGCGGCGCUGGAAUCUCCUGGAAGUCAAUGUAACCCGUCAUGAAUUGCAGGAACAUCUUACAACUCGUAUCAGGCAUCUCAUAUAUCCGCUUAAAACUGUUUUAGAUGAGAGUCUUGGAUGCGCUUUCUGGUUUGCUUCUCAUUGUAGCAGCUCAACUGCCAGAGUUGCCCUUGUUGGUAGUGGGGCGGAUGAACUUUUUGGAGGGUAUACUCGACACCGAAACAUAUUUAGGCAAUUCCAAGGCAGCGAGUUGGAGCGCCAAAAUGCCGUGCAAAGGGAACUUGAAUUAGACUGGCAACGAAUGCCGGCUCGAAAUUUGGGAAGAGAUGACAGGGUUAUAGCGGAUAAUGGUAAAACGGCUAGAGCGCCUUUUAUCGAGGAGAAACUUGUUAAGUUUUUAAGGUCUUUAGGAGCUUACCAAAAAUGUUGUUUCACUUUACCUGAAGGUGUUGGUGAUAAACUUCUGCUAAGACUUUAUGGUCAUCAAAUGGGACUUCAAAAUGUUGUAUUGCUAAAAAAAAGAGCUAUUCAAUUUGGCUCCCGAAUUGCGGACAAAAAUCAAAAAGCUUGCGAUUAUUCGGACAAACUAUAGGAUUUUAACAACUGCCGAAACCUUACUUUAAAGUAAUUAUUGUCCAUAUUAAUUUAAUCUGAUUUUGUUAUUUCCGCUGUCUUGUUUUUCUUUUUAACCUAAUCUAUUGGGUCCACAACAAAUAAAAAUGUAUAUGUUAUAUAUCAAUUAGGAACGACAA